UGUUAGUUCACAGGUUGAUGCUUUGAAGAUGAGCUAUGAUGUCCAACAUGUAGGUGAAUGUUGAUGAAAAUCGCAGGGACUAGACCUUUCGGAGUAACUCUGAUUCUAGUUUUAUAUUGGCUGUCGUGGGAACUGCAGCAUCUUUGAAAAGGGACGAAUCUGUGCGACUAUAGAAGGGUGGAUUACGCAGAUCGACUUUUGCCUUGUUUGAUCCGGCACAAGGUACCCAAGUUCGUGUGCUGGGCACUCGAAAAAGACCUACACAUGUCCUACUGAAUACCAGAGCUGCCGAGAAAGAAGUCAACGGAAGAGCCCAGAUCUCUGUCAGUAUGUCACUGAGUAUUCGGGAUGUAGUGUUGCGGCUUCUCUUGCUAGAAUGCAUAACAACGCUUCAGUCGGCUGGCCAACAUGUGGAACAUUUCAACUGCAACUCCCCAACUGGUCUAUACUACAUCAGUGGUUUGGACUGGUCUACAAAGUACAACAGCACAACUGCAGCCGGACAUAAGUGCAGGACAAUAUUGACAGACGUCAGCUUUGCCCUGAUCAACUCCACCGACCUUAGCGGUACAAACAGGAAUUGCUUGCUCGCUUUCCUUGCGCACAUAGCCGCAGCGCAUCCUGGAAACAGCGUAUCAGCAUGGUUGUAUUCAAGUACUGGAAGAGACCGUCAUUGCUAUCCAGGACCAACAUGCAGUAGCACCAACGUCACGAUCUGCAAGUUCAACAAGCCUGAGGCCGCAGAUCUCACCAACAGCUGUCCAAUUUUGCCUCCGAUCACCAAUGGCAUUAUCACGUAUCCAUCAGGACUUGUGUUCCCAUCAGAGGCCUUCUACGCGUGCAACAUCGGCUACCGACUUCACGGCCCUAGCCAUCGUGCCAGUCGUUCACAUUAUGUGAAACAACCCGGCGACAUACCCGUUCCAGCUACCUGGGAUCCAUCCUCAAGUCACACAUGCAAUGUAAACAAUUGUCAUGCUCCACGUUUGCCCGAUGGACAGGUUCUCGGUACUUCCCCUUAUUACAUGGCCAAGUGCGAUGUAGGUUUCAAGUUAGUUGGGAAUGCACAGAUCACCUGCAUCUCGGAUACGGAAACAACGCCGAAGCCAGCUUGUCAGCCCAUUCGGUGUCCUGCUCCAAGCAUCCCUCACAGCGCCGGCCUAAUGGAUAAUUACUCUGAUAUUGGACAGCAAGUUGAAGUGAACUGCUCACGUGGCUACCGACUGGUGGGCAACAGUACGGUGGAGUGUACGCGUUUCGGCGGGUGGACAAGUCUACCGACGUGUGAAGCCAUUAGGUGUCCAGCUCCAAGCAUCCCUCACAGCGCAGGUCUAAUUGAUAAAUACUCUGAUAUUGGACAGCGAGUUGACCUGAACUGCUCACAUGGCUACCGACUGGUAGGCAACAGUACGGUGGAGUGCGAGGGUUCUGGCGGGUGGACAAGCCUCCCGACGUGCGAAACCAUUAGGUGUCCAGCUCCAAGCAUCCCUCACAGCUCUGACCUAAUUGAUAAAUACUCUGAUAUUGGACAGCGAGUUGAUGUGAACUGCUCACAUGGGUACCGACUGGUGGGCAACAGUACGGUGGAGUGUAUGCGUUUCGGCUGGUGGACAAGACUACCGACGUGCGAAAAAAUACAUAUACACUGUCAAGCACCUGCGCAACCAGAGAAUGGAUACCUCUUGCUGGACGGACUGGAUGUUCACAGUGCAUUCAACAUCACGUGCAAAGAGGGAUACCGAAGCACGCAGGCAGAGCCGUCGAAGUGCAUGCCGAGUGGAAGCUGGUCCAACCCCCCGGGGAAGUGUGAAGAGGCCAAGUGCAGGAAGCAGGAAGCACCUCCGAAUGGCGAGAUCAUUGGCUACAUUCCACUUGCCGGUCGGGAGGUUUUUUACUACUGCAAUGAUGACUACGAACUGGAGGGCUCGCGAACACAGAAGUGUAAGAUGGACGGCAAUUGGACUGGAUUAGCACCGGCUUGUGUGAAGAAGGCGACUGAGGAGCAGGUCAGUUGGGUAUCCCAGCCCGCCAGUCUAUCCGUCAUAGUCGUGAUGGUGGUCAUGGUACUGGUCGCCUUGCUUCUACCGCUUUGCUUCAUACUCUCUCGCAAUAGGUCUCGUAGCCAAGACAUGCUGGACUCUGGCCAAACAAACGCCAAGGAAGAGCCGGACGUGCCUGGAGAGCAAUAUGCGCAACCCACGGAUAUGAUGUCCAAUUUAUCAAGCAAGCGUAAGGACCGCCCUAUCGUAUCAUCGGACUCGGUACCUCGCAACAACUGCAUUAGUGCCGGCGCGAGUAGCCUCUCAGACCAGAGUCGACCGAGCGGAAUCGUGCCCAGCACACCCAUUGGCAGGCACCUGGGCAGUAUGGAGAAUCUGGUCAGCGACGAUGGCCAAGAUGAGCAUAUGUACGCUGAUCCGCAUUUGAACGACGAUCUCGAUGACAUCAUGAAGACUCUGGCGGUAUCCGAUUGCAUUAUGCCACCCGUAGCCGCACCUCGCCAGCAGUCGGAAGCAACAGCCAAGAGCAAUGCACCUCCUGAGGCAGAGAAUUCACAUGCUGAUGAUUACGAAAAGUAUGAUGUGGACCAGGAAACGAUGACAACAAUGCCAACAGGUGGACAAGCAGAUGACGGCGUGCCUCACGCAGCCGUGCGGAAGAGAGACAGCGUCAGUGCUCCUAGCAAGCCGCAGCGCAUCUCGUCGUACACACCUACCGUACUGCAACCCUGCCCGAACGUCAGCGCAGCUACUGCUGCUACGACAGCUGUGCGGGUGCAGUCCUACACUAUGGUCGACUUGAAGAAGAAAACGCCACGCGACGAAACGAACAAGAAGAAGACAACCAAUUCGCCGAUGGCUCUUACACCGACUGUGAAGACCAACUCCGCCGAUACUGGAAUAAGUCACGGAGGCUCUGCAGCGAAAGAUGGCGUUUAUGUGAAUAUGAAGGUUUAAUUAAGAGUCCUUGCGCAGGGAGACGGACCAAACUCCCUCUCUUCUUUCUUUACUGAAUAUCACACAACCAUCAGAUGCUGCACAGCCGGGGCCUCGAUCGACUUUAGUGGCUUGUUUUGUUUUUGGAAUAUCAGAAGGUAAAGAUGAAAGUGAUUUCCUGGUUGGCUACGUGACAAGAAGCAGAACAAGAAUAGCGAUGAAGUUUACGCUCGUCGCUUCAAUCUGCCGUCACUGAUCCAGCUGGGGUGGAGCAUGGCUUUGCACAACACUUCUCUUUGUCUGUUUGCAAUUUCACAAAGCCUAAACGUAUACUGACAUGGGCAUCUGCAGGCGCAUUUUUCAUUUACUUUACUUAUGUGCAGGCGCACCCCAUAAUUUGUAUUUUUUAUCCCCCAAAGGCUUUCGCCUAUCGAGCGGGUUCCCAAACUUUCCAUGAUACCAAAUCUGAAAAAGAAGUGAUGAGCAAUAGGUGUUAUAGCCGGCCUGAUGGCAGCAUGGAAUUUCCCACCCAAGGCCCAGGCUCUUUGUAUUUGAAGCAUGCACUUUCUGAUUGUUUUCUAAUUCUAUCCAGCUAGAAUAACUGCCCCGUUUCUGUCACCAAGUUCGUAUUGAAUAUGUCGGUCAGCCUCCUUUGACAUAAUUAUACGAUUGCAGUCCUAUGGUGGUCUGUGUCUUCUGUCGUUUCUUUCUAUCGAGUUUCGUAAUUUGCUGUGCAUUUCCUUCUCUCAAUUUGCUGUGUCCUGCGGCUAGCAGCAUGAGCCACCAUUUUCUUCGCCUGCGCUAAGUGAAUGCUUCAAGUAUCACAUCCAUGCACAUCAAUCUUGUUUGCCUUCCUUGUUACGCCAAAUAUCUAGCAGUCAUUCAUGCAUACAUUAUGCACAUGUACAUGUAGGUAAGCACAUAUCAAUAAUGCAUAAGUACAUUAUCAUUCAUACAUAAGUACAUAUCUCACAUUCAAUCAUGAAUAAGUCCGGACAUACCAUUCAUUCAUGCAUAAGUCCGGACAUACCAUUCAUUCAUAAGUAAACAUUCCUCAUCCAUCAGCAUACAUCAUUGGUGCUGACCGCUUUAAUGAGCUUCCCGAAUCCCUUUGCACAAAUCAUAUCCCCAAUUCAUUUCGCCAGGAACUUCACAAAUUCAUUCACCUUGGGCACCCUGUAAGAAGACCUUAGGGUCUGUUGGGAAUGCCCAGGUAAAAUAAUAAAAUAAAAUACAAUCAUCCAA